AUGUCCGGCGGCGAAAAGACGGAUGCCGAGGCGUUGAAGGAGGUGAAGGAGUUGUCGGGCCUGAUCGCCGCCCAGCUCGCCGACGGGGAGCAACUGGAACACUUCACUUCGAAGCCAGGGACGUCCCUAGGAGAAAAUUAUGGCAGCACCAUGCUCGCGCUGGACAUCGUCAUCAGAAAGCAGGCAAGGAAUGAGAUCUCCCGCCGGCACCUGCUCGCCUUCUGCAAGAUGAUUCCGGACGAUCCCCAGAAACGGGCCAUUUUCAACCCGACCGUGACGUUCGUCAAAGAGCUGGAGAUGUACACCCUGGUCCUGCCCGCCCUGCUGCAGCUGCAGCUCGACAGCGGCGUCCCCGACCAAGACCUCAUAUCUCACCUGGCUCCAAGGUGCUACGGCGCUCGCGUCAGCCUCCAGGGCGACGGCCCCGUGGACGACGACGCCGUCAUCCUGCUGGAGGACAUGCGGCAGCGGGGCUUCGCGCCGGGCGACCGCAAGGCGGGCCUCGGCCUGGAGCAGGUCAAGCUCGUCCUGGAGAAGCUGGCCGUGUUCCACGCGCUGCCCAUCGCGCUGCGGCGCAAGCGGCCGCGCGUCUACGAGGACACGGUGCUGCGCGCGUGCUGCGACUUCCACAUGGGCGCCGAGGAGAGCCCGAAGGAGGACAUGGACCGCUUCAGGCGGGCCAUCCUGGUCAACGUGGAGAAGAGCCCGGAGGCGGCCAAGCACAUCGACGCCGUCGCCAAGGUGGUCAACGAGGCCAAAAUCAUGAAGGGGGAAAAGUUUCCACCGAUCAGAGAGCCCUUUGCCACCAUUUUCCACAACGAUUUGUGGACCAACAACAUCCUGGUGCAGAUGGACGGAGACUCGCCCGCCAACGUUGCCUUCAUUGACUUCCAGGUGGCUCGGAUCAAUUCCCCCUUCAAGGAUAUUCUGUUCUUCCUCUUCACGUCGGCGAACAUGGCCGUCACAACCCACCACGUGGACGAGUUGUUCGAAGCGUACAUGUCCAGCUUCCGCCGGUGUCUGUCCCAGGUGGGCGUGGACACGACGCCGUUCUCGACGGAGGCCGCGUGGGCCGAGACGGUCGCCGUCGCGCGCACCGAGCUCUUCCACAUCCUGUUCAUGCUGCGCUUCCUGAACGCGGACCCGGCCAUGAUCCGGGAGGACCCGGAGGGGUUCCCGUACAGAGAGGACCUCGGCGGCGAGUCGUACGAAAGGUGGGCCGCUCACGUGGUCCUGCAGUUCGCCAGGCACGGCUGGCUGGACUAGAGAGACCUCCUCGUUGCUCGUGGUCACCGUCGGAGGGGAGACCAAUAACUGUGAUAUAAUAAAGGCGAGUCAAGCGAUAUUUUUUUACCCAUCGAAUUAAUUAUUUUUCCUCUCUGCCUUUCGUGUAUCGAUAAACUUGAACCUCUUAAAAAACUCUUAUUUAUGGCA